GCAGAUUGCUAAACCAAAAACCAAAACAGUGAAUGCAUAGAUAUUGCAGCCAAUCGACCCAGUUUUUCGGCCGCUGAGUGGUUGUCUACGUAUUUCAGACGUGCUACAAGAAGAGGGAGGAAUUAAUCUCAUCGACGAAGAUAAUUUGGCAGAAAUUUUCUGUCGCUUGGUCUUAAUUUGGGUCUAAGGAAAAUACUACGCAGAAAAUGGGCGGAUCUUGGAGAAGCUCUAGUGCAGCUGUACCCUAGCAACAACUCGGGAAAUUGCUGUGAACAAAAGCAGAGCGAGCAAUUGAGAUAAUGCCGCGGAAGGAGCCAAAGCGACUUCACGCGAGCUCCGCGGCGCGGAUCAGCAAGUCGCUGGCCAGCAUGUGCAAAUUCAUCGACUUCACUCGGCACGAGCUGGACACAGCCGACGAGAUGAAGGCUGAGCUGACGCGGCUGGCCCGCAGCCUGCCAGGGCCCAGCCUCGAGCAGGUGAUGACGGACGUCGUGUCCCAGCUGGAAAACGAUCUUGGACUCGGCGAUGGCGAAGACUCUGGCCUCGCCACGGCUCUCGCUGUCUUCCUCCAACCGCAGUUGCGAUCCGUCAACCUCAGUUCUACCUUUCACAAGGUACGACUGCACCCUCAACUGCGGAGCAACUGCAGUUCCACCGUGCACUCGAGCCUCUCCAGUCUGAAGUACCUGAGCCACCUCAACCUGAGCAUGUGCGCCACGAAUCAGGCCCUGCUCACCAUUGCCAAGAACUGCCCAAACCUGAUCUCACUUAAUGUCUCCUGUUCUGAUGAACUCAACGACGAAGGGCUCCUACACCUGGUCCCCAAAGACUCUGAAGGAUGCGCCAACCUCAAGAUGCUCAACCUGCUCAAAGUGUGGCAGCUGACCCCUAAGUGCGUGGCGCUGGUGACGCGCGGUUUGACCCAACUGGCACAUUUGGCUUACGAUAGGUUUGGCGAAAUGAUGCAAUGCGUGGAAAACAAGGACGAUGCGCUGAAGUUGAUCAACUUUGACCACUCUUACAGCAUUUACAAGCCCACUUACGAGGAGGUGUGCGCUGCCUGUAAAAUUUGCCCUUUCGUCUCGGAGCUAAAGGUGAACACAAACGACGAGUCACUGCCUUUGUUCUGCGUUCUGGAAAGAGUCGAGCACGCCACAAUUGAGUUGGAUGGCGAGAUGAAAAGCGGCACCGAAAUGUGGCUGCAGCAAUCAGGGCCUGGACUGCGCAGCAUUGACCUUAGCGUCGGCCACGACAUCACCUGGAAGCAGCUGCUGCACCUCGCAGAGAACUGCCAGAACCUGAAGAAGCUCAAGUUCACGGGGCAAAACCUCAUUUGGGACCAGGGUGCUUUCUCAGAAAUAAACGUGGCUUUUCCUCGGCUAGAGGAGCUGGAGCUGAACUUCAAAGGAAUCCAAGCCAUCCACGAGAACCUGCUCAAGUGGGUGCUGGCGUCUGCGUGCGACAGUAUUAAAUGUCUCAAGAUCGAUGGCCCUGUUCCGUUCAUAUGUGAUACCUUCAUUGAGUCCGUCUUCAAGGACUUCCCGAUGCGUAACUUGCAGGAGUUCUCUUUCCAAAAGGCGCGUCAGGGACAGCUGACAGUACAAACCUUGAGGCUGGCCAUCAAAAACUGCCCUGAUCUGCAGCGCGUGAACCUGAGCGGCUUCACCCUGGAAGCCAGUGAUAUUGACGCAGUGAGGAAGGAGAUCGACCAGAGUAACCUAAACAUCAAGUUCUUUGUUGACCCUGCAUGAGAAGUACAUUUUGUGCACCACUUUAGACCAGGGAUACACUUUUCCAUCAAUUUUUUACACCCACAGUUGCUGCAGAUCUAAUCAGAUUUAGUGAGGUAAUCCUUAGAACCUGUAUGACAUCUCAUUGCCUGGUUUUAUUAACAUUUUGUUUUAAAUUAACAAAAAAAAAAUCCAAAUAGCAAUCGUAAAGUAAAAAUAUUAGCUGAAAAUAGUCAAUCAAUUGUGGGUUUGCAUCCCUGCUUGUGUCCACUUUAGCUUUUAGUCUUUGUACCUCGAUAUCUAGGUUUAUUUGUGGGAGCCACAAGAUUGAUAAUAAGUUUUCUAUUAUUUUCAAAUCAUAUUGCUGUCAUUAUUUUCACCAAAAAUUUGCCAAAGCACUACUUGUACACUAUUUUUUUUCAAAAGUACUUCUUUGGUUCACUUUAUAACAUUUUACUGCAUAUGAUAGAAAGUAAAUAUGUAGAUGCCACGAUUCUAGAAAUUUUUCACCGGAAAGAAAUAUUUAUGCACUGACCUUGCAUAAGAAAUAUGAAAUUUAUUUGAUAUCUCAGAAAUCUAAAUUUAUUUGCUGUCUAGAUUUUGAUAACAGCAUGCUUGUAAUUACCGUGUUUUGUGUGCUAUUAUUUUGUCGGUUUAUUUAUUGAGAUAAUCGCAAAGAGAUUUAAAAUAAAGCAAAUGGAUUUUGAAAUUUAUAAA